AUGUAUAAGACUGUGGCAUUGGUGCUGGUCCUAAGCCUGGCGGGAGUUCUCGAGGCUUUCCUCUCCAGGAGCGAGGGCAGUUGGGGCGUCAACUUGAGUGCGCCGGAGAUGAUCCAGGCCCUCGGCUACCCUGUGGAAGUGCACCACGUGACCACCAGCGACGGCUACAUCCUCGAACUGCACCGCAUCCCCUUCGGUUUGUCCUCGGAGGGCUAUAGAGACCGGCCUGUCGCCUUGCUCUACCACGGCUUGUAUGGGUCUUCGGCUGACUGGAUCUUGAACAGGGCUGACCAGGCUUUGGCUUAUGUCAUGGCUGACGACGGUUAUGACGUGUGGCUGGCGAACGCGCGAGGCAACAGGUAUUCGCGCGCUCAUCAAACUCUCGACCCGAAGGACAUCAACUUCUGGGAUUUUAGUUGGGACGAAAUCGCUGACUUCGACCUCCCAGCUACGAUCGACUACGUGUUACCAACCACCGGAGCAAGAGACCUGUUCUAUGUUGGCUUUAGCAUGGGAACCACUGUGUUCUUUGCUAUGUUGAGCGAACACCCUGAAUAUAACGCUAAGAUCCGCGCGAUGGCCGCCUUGGCUCCUGUGGCUCACCAGGGGAAUGCGCGCGGUCUUGCGUCCCAAGUGGCUCCCUUCAUCAACCAGAUUGACAAGAUGUUCACUAACAUGGGCGUGGGCGAGAUUUUCCCCAACAAUGCACUCACGCGUUCGGUGGCGAUGAAAUUCUGUGACAGGAACUCUCCUACAGCGAUAAUUUGCCGCAAGAUCCUCGCCAUCAUCGGCGGACCCAAUCCCGAUGAAAUGAACAGAACGUCCCUGCGAUGGAUCACGACGAUACUGAGACUGGUGGAUUCCUCUCGCCCUCUGUUACUCACAUAG